CUUUUUCCCAACUUUACUCGUACCGCAAGCCCUGCACUCGGGCAAUCACCAUCGCACCAACAAUUCGGCUUUUCACAAUGUGCGGCAGGUACGCCAUCAAUCUACGGCCCUCAGAGGUGCGCCGCAUGUUACAAGCGGAUAAUAUGCCAGUCGAUGAUGCGCCGGACGAUGAAGGCGACGAUUCGCCAAGACAGAGCUACAACUUUGCGCCGGGAUAUCGUGGGGUUGUUUACAGGGCCAGGAUAGGCGGCGGUAGUACUCGUGGAGCUGGAGGGCGGAGGAGAGCAGCACAUAAGUAUAGCACUCAGGAAGGAACCGAACCGGUAGCGGAAGACGAGGAGGGAGAGCACCAUCAGAGCCAGUCCCCGGAACAAGAAGAAGAAGAGGAGCAAGAACAGAAAAAACAACAAACUCAGCAGCAACAACAACAACAACAUGACAACGAGAACCAAGAUCAAACCAAGCACCAAUUCAUCCUCCAACCAAUGAAAUGGGGUCUCAUUCCCUCCUGGACCUUCAAGUCCAAGUCCAAGCAGCAGAAACCAGGGUCAACAAACUACACAACAACCCUCAAGACCAUCAACUGCCGCGACGACUCCCUUUCAUCUUCAAGCGGUAUGUGGUCCCGCAUCAAACACCGCCAUCGCUGCGUCAUCCCCGCCCAAGGAUUCUUCGAGUGGCUCAAGACCGGUCCUUCAGGGAAAGAAAAGAUCCCGCACUUUGUAAAGAGAAAAGACGGCAAGUUGAUGUUAUUCGCCGGACUCUGGGAUUGCGCCCAUUACAUCGACGAAGACGGCAUUGACAAGGCAAUAUGGUCGUAUACGAUCAUCACGACUUCGAGUAACGACCAACUCAAAUUCCUGCACGACAGGAUGCCGGUUAUUUUGGAUGCUGGGUCGGAGGAAUUGCAAAGGUGGUUGGAUCCCGUGAAAGAUGUGUGGGAUAGGGAGUUGCAGGAUAUGCUUAAGCCGUUUGGGGGGGAACUGGAGUGUUAUCCAGUUGAUAAGAGGGUUGGGAAGGUGGGGAAUGAUGGGGAUGAUUUGAUAGUGCCGGUGAGCGAGCAGAGGGAGGAGAGGAAGAUUGAGACUUGGUUUGGCGGGGGUGAGAAGAGGGGCAAGCGAGAAGAGAAAGAGGAGGAGAAGGAGGGGGAGGUCGAAGUCAAGACCGAGACAGGAAAAAUCAAGGUUGAAUCCGUCGACAAGUUGGUACAAGAAGCAGUCCAGAAAGGGGAGGAAGCUCGUUCAUCGCCGCGAAAAGGUAUCAAGAGGGAGGCUGCUUCGGAGCUGGGUGGUGAUGAUGAGCAACCGCCUGUUAAAAAGUCGAUGGGGACCGGAGACAAGUCUUCACCACUCAAAGGGAGUAAGCAGAAGCCGCCACCGCCGACGCCGUCGAAAGCAAAAGGAAGAAAACCAAUCAGUGCAAUGAAGAACAAAGGGAAGGGGAGUCCAAUCAAGCACAGGAAUGCGCCACCGCCAGGGACGCAGAAAAUUACAAAGUUUUUUGGGAACAGUGCUUGAUGAGAAGAGAGAAGAGGUGGAGGGAUUAGACCCAAUAUAGUAUUCAGCUAAAGCGCUCAUCGAUUUCAGAGGGUUUACGUUCGAACAUGGCGGUCGCUGUGAGGCCGUGGUAGAACAAAGCACUUCGUCUCGUCGCCGUCGGUCACAGCAACCCACCUUUUCUAUGCUGUGUCCAGUCAGUUGAUGACUCGGCCAACUGGUCGC